AUGUUUGGCUCCCGAGUUAUAUCGUCGAACACUGCGCUCUUCGCCGCUCGGAGGCAGCAGGGACUUGCAGUCAACCGGUCCAGCUGGCACCGUCAAUCGGUUCGCGGCAUAAAAAGACAGCCAGCCAGAAACUUCGGGGGCUCUGCAAGAUGUGAGCAAGAAGGAAAGAAGAGACAGGACUCCUUCAAGGGCCAAUUGUAUGAAAGUACGCAGCAACGACUGGACCGAGAACGGGCAGAGCUGCAACGUUUUGCGCGGAUGCAAAAGCAAUCUCCCCAUAUCCAAUAUACAGCAAUGACCAUCACUGUUAUUGUUACGGCUCUCGGCUGCUACUUUCUCGGUACUCUAAAGCCAGCAGAGCUUCCGGCAUCCUCUACUACGCCUCUUAUCGACGCCCAGCCACCCCAGCAUAACGUUUCGCCCUCAAAUCUACAAGCUGCUUGGGCCGAUUUUGUCGAAAUUGUAGGCAGAGAAAACGUGUCGACUGAACAGGGUGAUCUAGAUGAACAUUCAGGGUCUGCAUGGUCAUCAUACAGUGUGAGAGAAAAUGAAAGGUCAUUUCUUGUUGUCUUCCCUUCAACAACCGAGGAAGUUUCCCGUAUCAUGAAAGUCUGUCACGUCAGACUUAUCCCAGUCACACCGUACUCUGGUGGAACUAGCUUGGAAGGCCACUUUUCCCCGACACCGGGAGGCGUUUGUAUCGAUUUCUCACGCAUGAACAAGAUAGUGACCCUACAUAAAGAUGAUUUGGAUGUGAUUGUCCAGCCAGCCGUUGGAUGGGAAGAUCUGAAUGAAGAGCUGGCGAGGGAUGGCCUAUAUUUUCCAGUUGAUCCCGGCCCAGGAGCCAUGAUUGGUGGAAUGGUUGGAACGGGCUGCUCAGGGACCAAUGCCUACAGAUAUGGGACAAUGAGAGAGUGGGUUGUCUCUCUGACAAUAGUGCUUGCGGAUGGAACAAUCAUUAAGACAAGGCAGCGGCCCCGGAAGUCCAGUGCAGGAUACGACCUUACGAAGCUCUUCAUCGGCAGUGAAGGCACGCUGGGCUUGGUUACAGAAGCAACCUUGAAGGUAACAGUCAAGCCAAAAAAUGAAAGUGUAGCCGUUGCGUCUUUUCCGUCAAUCCAUCGGGCUGCCGAAUGUGUAGCAAAGAUCGUCGGGGAGGGCGUGGAACUUGCCGGCCUUGAAAUAUUGGACGAUGUCCAAAUGAAAUGUAUCAAUGACAGCAAAACCACACGUCGCACUUGGAGUGAAGCACCUACUCUGUUCCUGAAGUUUACAGGAACAGAAACCGGUAUUAAGGAGCAGAUAAACAUCGUCCAGAGCCUGGCUAAAAGUGCCGAAAGCCAGUCGUUCGAGUUCGCUCGCGGGAAAGAUGAGAUGGCCGAGCUAUGGAGUGCCCGAAAGGCGGCUUUGUGGAGUGUUAUGGCAAAGAAGCGGGAAAAUGACCGAGUCUGGACCACGGAUGUAGCUGUGCCUAUCAGCAAACUCCCUGAUAUUAUCGAGCAGACCAAGAAAGAUAUUGUGGACAACGGCCUCUUGGCUGGGAUCUGUGGCCAUGUCGGGGAUGGCAACUUUCACGCCAUCCUGCUUUUCAACGACAGUGAGCGUGCUAUCGCCGAAGGAAUUGUUCACCGCAUGGUGAAGCGAGCUAUCGAGAUGGAGGGCACGGUCAGUGGUGAGCAUGGUGUUGGACUUGUCAAGCGAGACUAUCUCGACCACGAACUCGGUGAAUCAACCGUGGAUACAAUGAGAAAGGUGAGGAUGGCCCAUGUCCAAUUCCUAUUUCCCACUACUUGCUAA